AUGGCUGAGAGCGCCUCGCCGCCCUCCUCAUCCGCCGCAGCCCCGGCCGCUGAGCCGGGAGUCACCAUAGAGCAGCCGGGACCCCGGAGUCCCCCGCCCUCCCCUCCGGGCCCGGAGGAGCCCCUGGAUGGAGCCGAUCCCGACGUCCCACACCCGGACCUGGCGCCAGUUGCCUUCUUCUGCCUGCGACAGACCACCAGCCCCCGGAACUGGUGUAUCAAGAUGGUAUGCAACCCGUGGUUUGAAUGUGUCAGCAUGCUGGUGAUCCUGCUGAACUGCGUGACACUUGGCAUGUACCAGCCGUGCGACGACAUGGACUGCCUUUCCGACCGCUGCAAGAUUCUGCAGGUCUUUGAUGACUUCAUCUUCAUAUUCUUUGCCAUGGAGAUGGUGCUCAAGAUGGUGGCCCUGGGCAUUUUCGGCAAGAAGUGCUACCUCGGGGACACGUGGAACCGUCUGGAUUUCUUCAUCGUGAUGGCAGGGAUGGUCGAGUACUCCUUGGACCUUCAGAACAUCAACCUGUCGGCCAUCCGCACCGUGCGCGUCCUGAGGCCCCUCAAAGCCAUCAACCGCGUGCCCAGUAUGCGGAUCCUGGUGAAUCUUCUGCUGGACACGCUGCCCAUGCUGGGGAACGUCCUCCUGCUCUGCUUCUUCGUCUUCUUCAUCUUUGGCAUCAUAGGCGUGCAGCUCUGGGCGGGCCUGCUGCGCAACCGCUGUUUUCUGGAGGAGAACUUCACCAUUCAAGGGGAUGUGGCCCUGCCCCCCUACUACCAGCCGGAGGAGGAUGAUGAGAUGCCCUUCAUCUGCUCCCUGUCGGGGGACAAUGGCAUCAUGGGCUGCCAUGAGAUCCCCCCACUCAAGGAGCAGGGCCGUGAGUGCUGCUUGUCCAAGGAUGACGUCUAUGACUUCGGGGCAGGGCGCCAGGACCUCAACGCCAGCGGCCUCUGUGUCAACUGGAACCGCUACUACAAUGUGUGCCGCACGGGCAGCGCCAACCCCCACAAGGGCGCCAUCAACUUUGACAACAUCGGUUACGCCUGGAUCGUCAUCUUCCAGGUGAUCACCCUGGAAGGCUGGGUGGAGAUCAUGUACUACGUGAUGGACGCUCACUCCUUCUACAACUUCAUCUAUUUCAUCCUGCUCAUCAUAGUGGGCUCCUUCUUCAUGAUCAACCUGUGCCUCGUUGUCAUAGCGACCCAGUUCUCGGAGACCAAGCAGCGGGAGCACCGGCUGAUGCUAGAGCAGCGGCAGCGCUACCUGUCCUCCAGCACGGUGGCCAGCUACGCCGAGCCUGGCGACUGCUACGAGGAGAUCUUCCAGUACGUCUGCCACAUCCUGCGCAAGGCCAAGCGCCGUGCCCUGGGCCUCUACCAGGCCCUGCAGAGCCGGCGUCAGGCCCCAGGCCCGGGGACCCCUGCCAAGCCCGGGCCCCACAUCAAGGAGCCCAGGCACUAUAAGCUGUGCCCGCGACACAGCCCCCUGGACCCAACGCCCCACACCCUGGUGCAGCCCAUCUCCGCCACGCUGGCCUCCGACCCCACCAGCUGCCCCCGCUGCCAGCACGAGGCAGGCCGGCGGCCCUCGGGCCUGGGCAGCACCGACUCAGGCCAGGAGGGCUCGGGCUCCAGCGGCUCCGGUGGCGGUGAGGAUGAGGCAGACGGGGAUGGGGCCAGGAGCAGCGAGGAUGGGGCCUCCUCAGAGCUGGGGAAGGAGGACGAGGAGGAGCAGACAGAUGGGGCCAUCUGGCUGUGCGGGGACGUGUGGCGGGAGACGCGAGCCAAGCUGCGUGGCAUCGUGGAUAGCAAGUACUUCAACCGGGGCAUCAUGAUGGCCAUCCUGGUCAACACCGUCAGCAUGGGCAUCGAGCACCACGAGCAGCCCGAGGAGCUGACCAAUGUCCUGGAGAUCUGCAACGUGGUCUUCACCAGCAUGUUUGCCCUGGAGAUGGUCCUGAAGCUGGCUGCCUUUGGGCUCUUCGACUACCUGCGCAACCCCUACAACAUUUUCGACAGCAUCAUUGUCAUCAUCAGCAUCUGGGAGAUCGUGGGGCAGGCGGAUGGCGGCCUGUCGGUGCUGCGGACCUUCCGGCUGCUGCGGGUGCUGAAGCUGGUGCGCUUCAUGCCGGCGUUGCGGCGCCAGCUCGUGGUGCUCAUGAAGACCAUGGACAACGUGGCCACCUUCUGCAUGCUGCUCAUGCUCUUCAUCUUCAUCUUCAGCAUCCUUGGGAUGCACAUCUUUGGCUGCAAAUUCAGCCUCCGCACGGACACGGGAGACACGGUCCCCGACCGGAAGAACUUCGACUCCCUGCUGUGGGCCAUCGUCACGGUGUUCCAGAUCCUCACCCAGGAGGACUGGAAUGUCGUCCUCUACAAUGGCAUGGCUUCCACCUCCCCCUGGGCCUCCCUCUACUUUGUGGCCCUCAUGACUUUCGGCAACUACGUGCUCUUCAACCUGCUGGUGGCCAUCCUGGUAGAGGGCUUCCAGGCAGAGGGUGAUGCCAAUCGCUCCUACUCAGACGAGGACCAAAGCUCAUCCAACAUGGAGGAGUUUGACAAGCUCCAUGAGGGCCUGGACAGCAGUGGAGAUCUCAAGCUCUGCCCAAUCCCCAUGACCCCGAAUGGGCACCUGGACCCCAGUCUCCCACUGGGUGGGCAUCUGGGUCCCGCUGGGGCUUGUGCCCCUGCCUCCCGCCUCUCACUGCAGCCAGACCCCGUGCUGGUGGCCCUGGGCUCCCGAAAGAGCAGUGUCAUGUCUCUGGGGAGGAUGAGCUGUGAUCAGCGCUCCCUGACACUGUGCUUCCGCGUCCGCAAGAUGAUGGACGUCUACAAGCCUGACUGGUGCGAGGUCCGCGAGGACUGGUCUGUCUACCUCUUCUCUCCCGAGAACAGGUUCCGGGUCCUGUGUCAGUCCGUCAUUGCCCACAAGCUCUUCGACUAUGUCGUCCUGGCCUUCAUCUUCCUCAGCUGCAUCACCAUUGCCCUGGAGCGGCCACAGAUCGAGGCCGGCAGCACCGAACGCAUCUUUCUCACCGUGUCCAACUACAUCUUCACAGCCAUCUUCGUGGGCGAGAUGACACUGAAGGUGGUCUCGCUGGGCCUGUACUUCGGCGAGCAGGCGUACCUGCGCAGCAGCUGGAAUGUGCUGGACGGCUUCCUGGUCUUCGUGUCGAUCAUCGACAUCGUGGUGUCCGUGGCCUCGGCCGGGGGAGCCAAGAUCCUGGGGGUCCUCCGAGUCUUGCGGCUCCUGCGAACGCUGCGCCCCUUGCGUGUCAUAAGCCGGGCACCUGGCCUGAAGCUGGUGGUGGAGACCCUCAUCUCCUCCCUCAAGCCCAUCGGUAACAUCGUCCUCAUCUGCUGUGCGUUCUUCAUCAUCUUUGGCAUUCUGGGAGUGCAGCUCUUCAAGGGCAAGUUCUACCAUUGUCUGGGCAUGGACACCCGCAACAUCACCAAUCGCUCCGACUGCAUGGCUGCCAACUACCGCUGGGUCCAUCACAAAUACAACUUUGACAACCUGGGCCAGGCUCUGAUGUCCCUCUUUGUCCUGGCAUCCAAGGAUGGCUGGGUGAACAUCAUGUACAACGGACUGGAUGCUGUUGCUGUGGACCAGCAGCCCGUGACCAACCACAACCCCUGGAUGCUGCUGUACUUCAUCUCCUUCCUGCUCAUCGUCAGCUUUUUCGUGCUCAACAUGUUUGUGGGCGUCGUCGUGGAGAACUUCCACAAGUGCCGGCAGCACCAGGAGGCCGAGGAGGCCCGGCGGCGCGAGGAGAAGCGGCUGCGGCGCCUGGAGAAGAAGCGCCGGAAGGCCCAGAGGCUGCCCUACUAUGCCACCUAUUGUCCCACCCGGCUGCUCAUCCACUCCAUGUGCACCAGCCACUACCUGGACAUCUUUAUCACCUUCAUCAUCUGCCUCAACGUGGUCACCAUGUCCCUGGAGCACUACAAUCAGCCCACGUCCCUGGAGACAGCCCUCAAGUACUGCAACUAUAUGUUCACCACUGUCUUUGUGCUGGAGGCCGUGCUGAAGCUGGUGGCGUUUGGUCUGAGGCGCUUCUUCAAGGACCGGUGGAACCAGCUGGACCUGGCCAUCGUGCUGCUGUCGGUCAUGGGCAUCACGCUGGAGGAGAUCGAGAUCAACGCGGCCCUGCCCAUCAACCCUACCAUCAUCCGCAUCAUGCGGGUUCUGCGCAUCGCCCGGGUGCUGAAGCUGUUGAAAAUGGCCACGGGCAUGAGGGCCCUGCUGGACACGGUGGUGCAAGCUUUGCCCCAGCCCUGGCGGGCACUGAGGACCCACAUGAUGGCCUUGGGAGCCUCCAGGAAUGUGGGGGGAGAGCAAUACCUCAGGGCAAUGUGGGGCCUCCAGCAGAGAGAGAGAGGAGGGCUCUGGACAGUGCUUGGGGCUGACCCCUCCGCGCUUUCAGUCUGCAACGACGAGAACCCGUGUGAGGGCAUGAGCCGGCACGCCACCUUCGAGAACUUCGGCAUGGCCUUCCUCACGCUCUUCCAGGUCUCCACGGGCGACAACUGGAACGGGAUCAUGAAGGACACGCUGCGGGACUGCACCCACGACGAGCGCAGCUGCCUGAGCAGCCUGCAGUUCGUGUCGCCGCUGUACUUUGUCAGCUUUGUGCUCACCGCGCAGUUCGUGCUCAUCAACGUGGUGGUGGCCGUGCUCAUGAAACACCUGGACGACAGCAACAAGGAGGCUCAGGAGGACGCUGAGAUGGACGCAGAGAUCGAGCUCGAGAUGGCCCACGGCCUGGGCCCCAGCCCGCGGCUGCCCGCCGGCUCCCCAAGCGCCCUUGGCCGCGGGCCAGGUGGGGCGGGCAGCGCAGGCGACGAGAACCUGUGGCUGGACAGCGUCUCUUUAAUCAUCAAGGACUCCUUGGAGGGGGAGCUGACCAUCAUCGACAACCUGUCCGGCUCCAUCUUCCACCACUACUCCUCGCCCGCCGGCUGCGAGAGGUGUCACCACGAUAAGCAAGAGGUACAGCUGGCCGAGACGGAGGCCUUCUCCCUGAACUCAGACAGGUCCUCAUCCAUCCUGCUAGGUGACGACCUGAGUCUCGAGGACCCCACGGCCUGCCCACCUGGCCCCAGAGACAGCAAAGGUGAGUCGGGCCCGCCUGAGCCCAUGCGUGUUGGGGACCUGGGCGAAUGCUUCUUCCCCUUGCCCUCUGCCGCUGUCUCCUCGGGUCCAGAGAGCUUCCUGUGUGAGAUGGAGGAUAUUCCGUUCAACCCCGUCCAGUCCUGGCUGAAACAUGAGAGCAGCCAAGAGCCCCCGAGCCCCUUCUCCCCGGAUGCCUCCAGUCCACUCCUACCCAUGCCUGCCGAGUUCUUCCACCCUGCUGUGUCUGCGAGCCAGAAAGGGCAGGAGAAGGGCAUGGGCACUGGCACCCUCCCCAAGAUUGCCCUGCAGGGCUCCUGGGCAUCCCUGCGUUCACCGAGGGUCAACUGCACCCUCUUCCGGCAGCCGCCGCCGCCCCCCGGGGAGCUGGAGCCCGGAGACGCUGCGAGCAAGAGGAAGAGAUGA